GAUGUAUUGUUGUUGCUUAAAUUUUGGAAUGGGAUAGUGGAUUCCUAAAAAAGUUCUCAUUUUGCAAAUAUCUAUGUUUAGUUUCAUCUUUAAUGUAAUGAGUUGGACUCGAAUAGUGCGAAAUGGUUGCGGAGGGGAUUCAUUUAGCCGGCCUUGACUUUGUUUGGAAUUAAGGCGUAAUGGAUGAUGGAGUGACACAAUAUUAUACAUCUCUAGCUUACGAGGGCAUGACUCUAAAUAGGAAGAUUUGGAGGUCGAGUAUUAGGACAGGAAGGUAAUAGGUAGCCGAGCAUUGUAGUAUUAGUUAGUAUACUUGUACUAUCUUAUUCUCCUAAUUUUCACUAAUAUCUGUUGUUUUGUUUGUUCUGUUUGUCUUGCUAUUUUGCUGCUGAUUUGUUUUUCUUUCUGUCAUGCUUUGAUUACAAUUUUUUGAGCUGAGGAUCUAUUGGAAACAACUUCUCUACCCCACAAAGGUAGGGGUAAGGGGUUGCGCAUAUUCUAGCCUCCCUAGACCUACUUGUGGGAUUACAUUGGGAAAGGUCUUGUUGAUGUGAUCAAUAGAGAUGUCAUUCAAGAGCAUUGUCCGUGAGCUGAAGGAAAUGAAAAAUGGGAUAGGGUUAUCAAGGAGAGGAGAAGUAGAAGGAAGGCACUGGCGCAACAGAACUCGGUCACAUAUAGCUCCUGAUGUGGUUCCUUUUGAUCCCAAUCAACAAGGGCAAUGGGCAAAUAUACCACCGGAACUGCUUUUGGAUAUUGUCCACAGGGUUGAAGAGAGUGAGACAUCAUUUCCUGCUCGGACAGCAGUAGUCUAUUGUGCAUCUGUUUGCAAGUCAUGGAGGGAAGUUACGAAAGAGAUUGUCAAGACUCCUGAAGAAUGUGGUAGGCUUACAUUCCCCAUUUCACUAAAGCAGCCAGGUCCCCGUGAAUCCCCAAUUCAUUGCUUUAUAAAACGGGACAGAGCUAAUUCAGUUUUUCGUCUCUACUUUGGUUUGACUCCAUCUGAGGAUAUGAGUGAUAAACUAUUGCUGGCUGCCAAAAGGAUCAGAAGGGCAACAAGCACAGACUUCGUAAUUUCAUUGGUUUCAGAUGAUUUUUCUCGAGCUAGCAGUACAUAUGUCGGCAAACUGAGAUCCAACUUUCUUGGAACCAAGUUCACCAUAUAUGAUAGCCAACCUCCAAGUGAUGCAGCGAUUCAACAUCGUGGUAGACUUAGUCGACGUUUCAGUGCUAAGCAAGUAUCCCCAACAGUAUCUGCAUGCAAUUACAGUAUAGCCACCAUUUCCUAUGAACUCAAUGUUCUCCGUACAAGGGGACCUAGGAGAAUGCAUUGCGCCAUGCAUUCCAUCCCUUUCUCCUCUAUCCAAGAGGGAGGCAGUGCUCCAACGCCUACAUCAUUCCCACAAUCUUUUGAUGAGAGGCCCUCUAAAGCCAAGGAGCCAGCUGUAAAUAUCAGCUCAUCAGUGUCUAGGCCUUCUCGAGAGCCACUUGUGCUUAAAAACAAGGCCCCUCGAUGGCACGAACAAUUGCAGUGCUGGUGCCUAAAUUUCAAAGGCCGCGUCACAGUUGCAUCCGUGAAAAACUUUCAGCUUGCGGCAGCAGUUGAUGCAUCUCACAAUAUACCAGCUGCAGUACAAGAAACAACAAUUUUACAAUUUGGGAAAAUUGGAAAAGAUAUCUUCACCAUGGAUUACUGCUACCCGCUCUCCGCCUUCCAAGCUUUUGCAAUCUGCUUGAGCAGCUUCGACACGAAACCAGCUUGUGAAUGAUUUCGUGCUCAGAUUGUAAAUCAUGAUGUUUUUCUAACAUCAGGUUGGUGCAUAAUGUUAUGAAUUAAUGUUUAGUCAAUCUGAGAAGUUCUAAAUGGAAGGCAAUAUUUAUCAAUGAGAAUAUCAGUAUGUAACUAACAUUAACUGCUGCUAAAAUAGUUUGUAAGUUCUAUAAUUCAAUACUAAAUAUCUAUUUAGAUGGGAAA